AUGCCAUCACUCCCGGACCUCACCCUCAUCGUGGCCGCCACCCAGCAAAUGGGCAUCGGCCGCCACGGCACGCUGCCCUGGACCGGCCUCAAGAAGGAGAUGGCCUACUUCGCGCGCGUCACCAAGCGCCUCCCCCCUGGGCCCCAAAACGCGGUCAUCAUGGGCCGCAGGACGUGGGAGAGCAUUCCGGCGCGGUUCCGGCCGCUGCCGGGGCGGGUGAACGUGGUUGUUUCGCGGUCGUGGGCGGCUGCUGCUGCCGCCGCUGCUACUGCUAGCAUGGCCGGCAGCCUGGAGGAGGCGCUGCGGAUGCUCGGGGAGAGGCAGCAGCAGCAGCAGCAGGCGAUCGGGCGGGUGUUUGUCAUUGGCGGCGCGCAGAUCUAUGCCGCGGCGCUGGCGCGGCGGGAGGCGCGGCGGGUGCUGCUCACGCGGGUGCGCAGCGAGUUCGAGUGCGACACCUUCUUCCCCGUGAGGUUGGCAGAAGGGGGGAAUGGCGACGGGGGCUGGCGCAGGAGCGGCCAGGCAGAGAUGGAUGCGUGGGUCGGCGAGGAGGUGCCGCGCGGCGUGCAGAGCGAGGCGGGUACGGAGUACGAGUUUGAGAUGUGGGAGCGGGUGGAUUAGAUGGGUUGUUGUUGUGGUGGUGGUUGUACAAUUGGUUUUACACUGGUGGUGGCUCUUUUUUUUUUACAUUACUGUACACAUAACAUCAUCA